AUGAGGAAGGAAGGAGUGGACCAGGCCAUCGCCAAGGGAGGACAGAGGGGCAUCUUCUUCCACACGCUGGCAAGGGAGAGAAAGGCGGCAGUGGAACCGGUGCGUUUCGUCGACCGCAACAAGGAAGAGAGUGACAUGGCCUAUCUCAGACGGGCCCUGGAGGAGGCGGAGAAGCUGGGCUGCUCCAAAGGCCUGGCGUUUCGACAGGGUGGCGGAAGCGAUCUCGGCCUCAGGGGCGUGGAGCCCGCGGACCUCAGAUCCCCCACGUGGCGGAUACUCAACCUGCCCCGCUGGUGGGCGGCGUGCGAGGUCACGGCGUGGCUGACCGCCGCGGGAUGGUCCCACCUGGAGAUUCUCGCCCCGCCGUCAGGACGGCUGGGAUGGCUCCUCAAAGGACGUCCUGGCGAGUCGCAACCACAAGCCAGUGGACAAGGACAGGAGGCGUGGACCAUCCAGCUGGACGGCACCGAGGUGAUGGUUCAACGCUACGUACGCGGUGGUCCCCAGGGGACCGUGCAGCAGCCGACGGCGUGCCGACCAUGGACAUGGAAGCCGCCACAGCCGGACGCGUCAGCAGCGCGGCCGGAGGCGCAGGGAGGGGCAGCCAGCAGGAAGGACGAGGGAGGCAAAGGACAGACUGGAGGAGCUGUGGGAGGAAGCCAGGAAAAGCAGACAGCUAAGACGAUGGAAGUUGAUGAGGAGGAGGCGGAGUCCAUAGCGAUCGACAGCGAAGCAGCACGUGCCACCAACGCCGGCAAGGGAUACCUGGAUGCCGUGCGGGAGCGCGCCAGCAAAAGGCAGCAGGAGGAUGCAGAGGACGACGCGCUAGAAGGUGACGCUAAGGUGCAAGCAAAGAAGAGGAGAGAGGAAGCCAGGAAGACGCAGGAUGAGGAGCUGAGGAGGAAGUUCGAGGCGCAGCUGCAGGAGGAGAUGCAAGGUGCGCCCCGGACAAAGAAGGCUAAGGCACAAACAGUGCAAGCGAAAUACAGGACGGAGCUGGAGGACGACACCUUCAAGGCUUUCGACUGGGGCACCGAUGGGGCCGAUUGCGGGUAUCGGGCCAUGGCGGCGCAAUACGCGCUGUCGAAAGGAAAGAGCAUGCAGGAGGUGGCAGACAAGGCCCAGACGCUGGCCCGCACGAUGAGGGUGAACGCCGCGACCCAAAUCAGGAUGCACUCCAAGCGCUUUGAGGCGUAUUGGCCAUCCAUCCAGGGGUCGCUCGGAGCUAGUAACAUCGAGGGGGGCGCGUGCCCCAAGAACUGGGCAGAAUAUUUGGAGGCGCUCAAGAGGCCGCAAAGAUGGGUCGAUGGCCCGGGGCUGGCCGCGGCCGCUGAAGUUCUGCAACGAGUCGUGGUGGUGCACCAGUGGCACGAGAAGAAGGAGGGGGACAAAGCGAAGGGCUGGCGGGUGCUCGUCGUAGUGGAGCCCUUCGAGGAGAAAGACCUGCAAGAGGCGAGAAAGGUACGGCCGAUCCACAUCGGUGUUGAGGCGAACCACUACGUGGCCCUCAUGUACAAGGACGAGGCGGAGUUGCACAGGUGGGUGCACUCGAAGAGGAAGGCGACGAAGGAUAACCACGUCAAGCAGAUUGCCAAGAUCCCGCGGGCUGCGGGCGGGGCGAGUACUGCAGGAGACAGACUACCAGUGGAGGAGAAGCUGGAAUGGAGGUGCAACCUGUGCCCGGACGUGGUGGUGAGGGCCAUCCCCUGCAGGAGGGACGAUCUCUUGGAGAAGCCCCACUUCGGCGUCAACUACUACCUCGCGAAGCGGCGCAGGAGGCACAUCCAGCAGAGGCAUCAAGGCGAAAAGGAGAAGGUGGCGCCGAUUGCGGAGCGGGGGGGGAUCCCUCCUCUGAGCCACUCGAUCCCGAAGACAGUGCGACAGUGGACAUGCGGUUUCUGUGGUAUUGGCCAGGCGUCUGGUUACCAAGGCAUGGCUGUGAAGCAACGGCUGCGUCACUACAGAGAGGCGCAUCCAGAGACGACGAAUUCCGAAAGGAGGUCCGUAGGACAUACCGCCAACGGCGGGAACUACGACAAGGGCCAGAAGAAUCCAGGCAAGUCCAAGCGGUUGCUGACACGCUGGGCGGCACGCGUGGACAAGAAGAAGAUAGGAGCUCACUACAUCCGGGUAGUGAAGCUGACAUCGCCAGGGCUCAAGGGCGCACUAGGAGGUCGCGGGGCUGAGAGGCAGACGAGGACCUGCACGAAGUGCAUGGGCUUGUGGACGGGGACGGCAAGCCUGAAGAUCUUGAAAGAGAACAGCUGUGUCCCUUUCAGCUCCCCACUCUCGCGCUGGAGGUGGAUGAAGAGGCUGCAGGCGUGGGCACAGGCGGAGCCAGAAGACAAGAAGAUGCUGCGGGACACCUGGUCUGAAGGGCCGGGCAAGAACCCCACGGAGCACCAGUGGGGCGCCAUCGAGGCUGCGGCGGAAGCCGCCAGGAAAGCGAACGAGGAGGAGGACGCGAGCAAGGCAGCCAGAUUCCGGGCGGCGGCCCGCAAGGAGCUGGCGGCGCUGCUCCCGAAGCGAGCUCGGAAAAGGUCCCUGUGUUGA